CUGCAGUUUCUGUAGCGCUUUGCAACUGUCUCUGUAAAAUUAAUGCUUUGCUGUAGAUUAGUUAUGUAGAAGUAAGGAUGUAAGCUGGUCACAGAGAAAUGUGGUUAUCCAAAAAGCAAGUAAGUCCCAGUGUAGCUGUAAAUAGCUAUGACAAAAAUGCCACGGCAAUAAGAAACAACGCAGUUUGGUGGUUCUUGCAAAAAGUAGAACGUGCAAUCUGCUGUAGGCAAUUUCAGAUCUAAAACUGUUUCUCAGGGAGCACGGAACUCUUUGGAGCUUACUUUGUUGCACAAAGCCAACAUACAUCUCAGUCCUUGACAUUUGUCUUUUUGCUGAAACAUUUCCAUUGUGUUUUACGUGACACAGACAGAGUUAGAAUUUCAUGUAACUUCCUCUGCGAUAUCCUGGGCUCUGAGCAGGACAUUCCUACUUUGGGGUCCAUCAGAACUACAGCCCAAGGAACCUGAAGCUUAGCUUUGCUGCACACAUCCUUCUGUUCCAACCCCAAGCUGUCCGUCUCUCUCAGCCAGGGCAUUAGUUAACACAAGUUCUAAGAAAGUUAGGAAGUUUCACAAAAAGGAUGAUUGAUAAUAUUUGGAAAACGGGUCUUUGUGUGCCAUCAACGUUCUGAGCCUGGCUUCUGAUAGCAAAAGGCUCUGACGUACAGCACGGGGCCUGGAGCCAGAGGGCGCGACCACAGCUACCCUUAUCUCUGCUGCGUAGCGGGUGGGCGCGUUCCUUCCUAACGGCAGCAGUCGCCUCCGCGAGGAACGUCUUCCAGGCAGGAGAAGGGCGGACGAACGCAGUCGCUCCGCUCCCGCGCAGCCGAGCCCGCCGUGGAGGGACGCAGCGCACACAGGCAGCCCCGCACGGCCCGGCAGGGCGGCUCCCGCCACACGCACUCUGGGGCCCGCCAGCAGCGCGCCAGGGCGGGGCCGUGCCGUGCCGCCAUCGGAGCCGGGGCGUUCCCAUCUCUUCCCUAUUGUCCUGUCGCUGCUGGCUCCGCUCGGCAGUGCUCUCUCCGCCUCGGGGCCGCGCGGUGCUGAGGCGCUCCCGUUCUGGAGACAGAGAAAAGAGGGCGGGCGUGCCGGGACGGCUGUCGCCGCUGGUGGGGAUCCGGAAAGGCGAUUUUCUGUCUCUCGGCGGAAGCUGCCGAUGGAGCACGAGCAGCCGGGCGCCGAGCAGCGGGAGGCGGAGCGGGAACGCGGCCGCUACAUGGAGCGCCGGGCGGUGGCCAGAGAGCAGCUGGCGCAAAUAGAGGAGCACAAGCAUCAGGCAGACCUGGUCAAGCAGGAAAACAAAAGAGAAGGUGAAAAAAUACAAAGGCUGAGCCAGUUGUAUCAACUGGAAAUUCAGAAAGAAAAAGAAAAGGAACAGGAGGAGAAACGUGAACGCCAGAGGCAGUAUCAUGAGCAUGCAGCUGAACAGGAAAAAAUUAAAAAUGAUGAGAAACAAAAAGAAGACAAAGAGGAUGAUCAAAUUAGGGCUUACAUUAAAGAAAAAGAACUGAUGGCUGAUCUGAGAAGAGAGAAAGAUGCAGAGACCAGCAGGCUAAUUGAGGAGCAUCAGGACAGAGCUUGUAAAAAACUAACUGCACAGAUGAACAAGGCAUUGAGGAUGGAAGAUGAUCGUCUUGAUCGAGCAGCUGCAGAGGUAGAAAAUGAGUACCAAGUGAAAACCAAAGAGAAGGAUGCUAAAAAAAAGGCUGCCAUUGAAUCUAUUGCAGAACACAGAGCCACUGAUGCAAAGAUGAAAUUGCAGAAGGAGAGAGAGGAAAAAGCAGAGGGUGAGAAGGACCGCAGUCAGUGGAUGACAGAUGAUCGUAUCUACCUGGAAAUGGAAAAAGCUAAGAAAGACAAACAGCAUGAUGCAAACGUAGAAUUACAGAAGUUUCGAAUCCAGCAAAUGGCAGAGAAACAGGCAAAAAAACAGCAGGAAAAACAAGCGGACUUGGAUUACGAUGCUCAGAGAGAAGCCACUUUUCAUUAAGAGCAGAAAUUUCAGAGAUAAAGACACUUUUUUCAGCAAAGAAUGGAAACUAUUAAUAAAGCCUUUUGAUGGCAGAAGCUGAAACCUUGAGAAGAAGCACUGACUACAGAAAGAGUUGUGCUGAAGUCUACAGAGCUUGAUAAUGCUUCAAAUGCAUAACCAAGUGCACAUUUACACAUGCUCACUACCAUGUGCAACUGGUGAGUUAAAUGGAUUUUAGACUACUUGCACAGCAACAAGAAGCAGGGUGGAUUGCAGCCUCAUUUCCUACUUAACUUUAAAAAAUCAAAAGCCCUGUUCUGUAGAUUGUGUGCAUUUGAAAUCCACUGUGUUUCCAUGGGGCUUCUACCCCCUUUUUCUUGGAGUGUCUGCAGAAAUACCAAAUUCAACUACCAGAAAACAAUUCAUCCUUUCACUUUAUCUAGAGUGAAAUAAGCAUCUAGGGUAGUUUUUAAACACACUGGCUACAUGUGGAUUCAGUUGCUUAUUUCAGCAUUAAAAAAGCAUUAAUCAGUGAUAUUGCAUUGACUUCCAAAGAUGUGUAUGCUUUGUGUGCUUGUUUUAAAUGAUUAACUCUAGUUAGUGAUCCCUAUAAAAGAGCAAAGUUGUUGUUUUAGCAACAUGAAGAAGUAAAUAGUUGAGGUUCAAGGAUUUUUAGUGACAAAACAUUAUCAUAACAUUUAAUUGUUCUUUACAGUUGUCCUACCUGAAAGGCAAGAAUGGAAAUCUUGCAAGAAUAAUAAUACAGAAGACUAAAGUAAUUUGUAUGUUUGAUAUGUUGAAGAACACAAAGAAAGAAGAAAAGACUGGGAAGAAAUUAAAAGAACAAUUCACUGUGCAAUUAAAAGCAGAUGAAAGCUAUUGAACAGCCUGAGAUGAUAAAUAAACUGAAACAGUGAGAAAGUUGAGCUCACCGUCUGGCAAGGAAGAAGCUAAGGAGAGAGCUAGGAGCAGCCAGCAGCUGUUGAAAGUGUAGUACAGCUAAAGCAGAGCCAAGCUCUUGGUACUGUCAGAUUGAUGUAAAGAUUAUUAUGUGGGAGACCAGGUUGAUUGUAAAGACAUACUGUGUUCAUGCUGAAAGAGGUUAAAAUUGGAUAAUUUUGACUAGAAUGGUGGUCAGCUAUCAGCUGAGAAGGCUUUGAAAUCAUCACAUUUAAAGCAGGAGGUUGGUCUAGCUGACCACCAUCUCUAGUCUAAUGCCAAGUGCAUUAUCACUGCGUAUGCUUAUUAGCUAAAGUUGCAAUUUAUAGUUAGCAAAUCAGAACAUGCUUUGAGAAAUAACUUGACUACUAAACAUGAACUACUGAUUUUGCUCAACAGAGCCCCCUUUCAGCUGGUGCGCUGCCUUGCUUUAGAAGUCAGGACACAGGCAUGUAACUUCACAAGUAUUGGUCUUAUGAGAAGGCCAGGACCUAAGAAAUGCAGGGCGAUCCUAGAGGGACUGAAACAGACAAAUCAAACUGUGUUUUUUCCAAACGCGUCAUCCAAUUUUGUGGAAAUAGAUUGGCACUUUAAAUGCUUACCUCCAGGGUCAAAUGUGAUGUUUCAUGACAAUACCACAAGUCUGAUGCCUGUGUGGCUAUAGCAAUAGUCUUAACAGAUUGAAUUUUGACACAAAAUGGAAUAGAGGAGCUUUUUUAAUACCUCAUUCUAGGUAGAUUUAAGUUAAUCACUGUGCAGUUCUUUACUAUCAAGUGGUGAUUUGGGUUAGAGUUUACUAGUUCAAACAUUACAGGCUGCUACUGCUCAACUCAGAGGAAGGAUGAAGAUAACACCUAAGUGGAAGCAAACUUUUACUGAAGAGUUGGCACCACAGGGCAAUUAAGGAUGGAUGCUUUCAGAUGCCACUAUAGACUGGCUAUAUAUAAGUCUUCUGAAAUUUUUUUCAAAACUUAACGGUGGUUUUAGGUCAAUGAAUUUGUUGUUUUAAUGGCUAAGUUCUUUUAGAUUUGUUAUUUACUUAUACCUUUUUCGUAUUUAUAACACUCUCCCAUUUCUAGACAGGUAAUUUUCCUCCUUUGUCUGGUAAUGCAUUCUUGUCUCUGCUGAAUCUCCAUUCUUGUUCUGGCAGUGCAUCUUUUUCUCUGAUAGAGAAUCUUCCUUUUAUUUCUAAAUAGCUAAAAAAAAAAAAAAGAAGACUUCAGAGGGAGUUAAAGUGAAAGCUAAAGUUACGAUAAGACUGUAUAAGAUGCCUUUCUUUAAUUCCUUCUAUUUAAUGUUGUGCUAUGUUUCUAAAUUUGGACUCUCAAAUCAUUCCACUUACGCUCUUGCACUGCCACCAGUGUAGUUUAAGCAUCUGUUAUGGUCUAGUAAAUGAUUCAAACCUGCUCUUUAAUCUAUUAAACCAAUCUUUCAGAAGAUCUAAAACAGCUUUAAAACAUAGCUGAUUGUAGCUACUUGAUAUUAUAUUAUAUAAACCAUCAUCAUAUUUUUUUUAAAUUAUUUUUUUCCCUUCUGGGUUUCUCAUCUCCAAUACAUUAUCCAGAGAAAUUGACAAUUCUAUUAGGAACUGAAGGGUAUGUCAGAACUGCAGGCCCAAUAAUAUUCAACAGAUUUUUAGAUUUUUGCUCAUACAAUAGUAAUUUUACUACAUACUCCCUUCCAAAUAAGUAGCACCUGACUGGACUUACAGUAGUCUAUACUGUUUAAAAAAGAAAGCUAGAAAGCUGCAAUGCUUAUUGUAAGAAACAAGUAAUAGUCACUGCGCAGACCACAGACAGGUUCAAAGGUUUGAGGCUACCAAACCUGGAAACUACACGUCCAGCAACUGGAACAGGGGCAUGGCAGACAAGGGAAAUUUGGACUGUCUUUGGUAAAGCUUAGUAUUACAUUACUGCUGUAGGGCAAUUACUAUUGUUUCAAUUACAAUCCAUCGAUUCAUAUAUAUUCAAUUGUACAGUAAUUGCAAAUUACACAGCAGGACUUAAACUUUUUUCUUUCUUCUUCAGAGAUACAUCUGACAAGCAUAGAAGCACCUACAAAUGAAUAAGAAGCUAUAGCCACUCUGCAUAACCUACCAGUGCCUAACAGCUGAAGCUGAUUAGAAGACAUUACAAUACAUGCAACAUGCCAGAACCUGCCUAUAUUCAGCUUCAGCUCAAGAAACAAUUACCUUAUCUGCAGCCAUAGGUUUCAAUAAGCAAUUUUAACACUUAUUACUGUACUUUUAUUAUGAAACACAGCAGUUGAGAAAGUCAAGAGGUAAAAACCUAAACGUGUAUUUAAACCUGACAUCUGUGCUGUACUCUUUGAAUAUUACUGGACUUCUAAGCUUAUGUAAAACCUAGUGUUGUGGCUUUAAAAAAAACUUGAGUAAUAAAACUGUGUAAGCUGUUCAAAAAUAGCUGUCUGUAACAGUAAUAUCAGUGCUGA